UAAACCAUUCAAGGUCGUUUCUGUUUUGCUGAAGGAACGUGAUAUGAUAUAAUGAAUGAAUCGACUCUACCGGAACUCAAACCAUGGGUAAAAUCAAGAAUUCUGUGAGAAAAACUUGUCCAGAAUGCGCUUACCAACAGGUUGCUGUUGCCUGUAAAUUUUGCCCAAAGUGUAAAUAUUCAUUUGUCGCCAAAAAGGAUACCUAUGUUCCUCCUCCCUCAGCGACGGAUCCUAAGAAAGAGGAAAACUCAAAAGAGCCAAAUCCAGACAACAGACGACGGACAGAGCGUGUCAAAAGAGUGAAACCUAACUUUUAUGAUGCUUCAGAGUUUGAAAGGAAACCAAAAAAGAGAAAAAGGGGUCGAGUCGCUGUUAAAGAUAAGAAUGAAGGAGGACUUAAAACAGCUACAACCUCUGAUCUAAGGCGGAAAAAACGUCAAAAAAGGAGGAAUGCAAAGAAAAAAGAGCGUGAUAAUGAACCAGCAAAGAUUUUAUUGACUCCAGAAAAAAUCCACCAGUGUUCGAUUAUUUUAGCUGAAUUAAAUCGUAAAAUGGCUAUCACAGCAUGGAGAAUAUAGGUGACUGUAAGUAUCAAGAGAUCAAACUUCAUCAAGAAUAAAUUUUGAUGGGGGAUGAAUGUUGUUUCAGUCUGAGACAGACAAAAUUAAUCUCAUCUCUUUGUGGUACAUCAGUAUGCAUUAAGAGUGACUUUGCCAUCGGUGAUGUAAUAAAUUCUGCACUCUUUCUAAUAUGAAGAAGUUUAUAUAAGCAAGUACAACAUUUCACAGGGUUCCUCAAAUCAGCAAGUUUUGGUAUUUUAUUCUGAUGAUUCAAUCUUGGCUACUCCAUGUAUUCAGGAGACUGCUUGGCAGUAGGAAAUAUCUUAGGUUACUUUUUGAAAAUUCGAACAUAAUGGGCUGAACCUGAGAUUAUUAUUUGCUGUUAGUCAUAAACUAGAUAUCAGCUCUAUAUGAUAGGAAUUAAAAAUUGCAGGAGUUGGAAGAUGUUACAUUUUAGCCAAAGCAUCACAAGCACCAUUUUUACCGAAAUUGAGUUAUGAAUAGUUUCAAAAUUACGAGAUGCAAUUAUUACGAAAAUAAUACGUUUUUCAGAAUGAAAAUGUAGGAAUAUGAAUAAAAAUCGAUUACAGUUUAUCUAGUUACGUAUCACAAGCGCCAUUUGGGAGAGAAGGAUCACAAGCGCCAAGUUCGGCAACCGCCCACCUUUCUGACUGUUAACAAUUUUUGUCACAGCAAUCCUCAGAAUGACUUGAAUUUAAAUUAUUUUCGUAUGUAUAUGGAUCUCGGUAUUUUGAAUAUAAAAUUUUUUUAGAAUAAAAAUAAAUAAGUAAGGAAAA